AUGUCAAAUCUCGCCGUAAUACCGCGGACGCUCCGGCACUGCCGCAGUUCACCACUCGUCACAGCACGGCCCGGAGCCGUCCUGGCAGCACGUCGAUUCCCGCAGCUGCAGCAGCAGAAUAGAUGGCUGGCCUCUAACACUGGCGCUGUAACAGGAGGUGGGAGUGACUACCAGCUCGGCCCCGCAAACACUGUACAGCCGCAGCCCGGCACCCAAGUUGUUGGCGCGAUUAAUGAUAGUGGUAGAGGUGGUAGUGGGAGUGGCGGUGGUGAUGGUGGUGGGAGCAGUGGGAGCAGUGGGAGCAGUGGGAGCAGUGGGAGCGGUGGGAACGGUGGGAACGGUGGGAGCGGCGGACAGAAACAUAAAGGACAUGAUUGGAGCGGUACGGCGUGGAAGGUCUUUGAGGCCGCGGCAACCACAGGAAUGAGUCUGGGUGUUUUGGGACUCGCAGGAUACGGCUACCACAGGAUCGUGCUCCCGCAGCAGAAAAAGAUCAACAGGAUCAUAGGCGGUGACCCACGCGGACGCUAUUACCUCCUCGUCGGAGAAAAGGGGACCGGAAAAACAUCCAUGCUCCUCGCGGCCAUGCACAAAGUCGAAGGCGAUUCCUGCUCCAUGAUGGAAGCCCACGCCGACCCCGAAAUUUUCCGUCUGCGCCUCGGAAAGGCCCUCGAUUUCGAAUUCCACGAGGACUAUAUCGGCUCCCUCUUCUCCAUCCGCGGCCCCGCGACACCACCGCUCUCCUCGACAUUGAGCGCGCGCUCAACAAGCUUGAGAAGGUGGCCAUCAACCGGCGCAAGGCCGAGGGUGAAAAACUUGCUGGAGCUUCUGCAGCAGAAGGCGGAGGCAUGGGCGGCGAGUCAGCUGAUCACGAUGAUAUUGAACAGUGAUGAUUACUGGGUGUAUGAGAGGCUGAAGCAGUACGGGUCGCGGAUGGAGCUGAUCUCGGUCAAGGAUCUACCGAGAUCGCAGGCGAUCGCGGCACUCAAGAAUUAUAGGAUGAAAUAUAGGAAGGAGGAGCCGCCGAAGCAGGAUAUCUCGAGCAGGUGUAUGAUCUUGUCGGCGGGCGUCUUGCCUUUCUGA